CUAUCGUGCCAUCAGAUUUGCUUUCUUCUUCCUGUCUGGCUUGACGUAAGGCUUUGGUGCCUGCUGUGUGAGAGUGCACGUGGAGGAGCGCGCGCCGCGGAGUGUUUGGGAGCGUGGAGUAUGAUGCCAUGUCAGAGGUCCUCACUGUAGACGCUAUUUUGUUUGGGCUCUUGGUCUUUUCUGGCAUCCUUGGAAACAUCUUGGUCAUCCAUGUGGUGUUUCAGUCAGCCGCUGAGAGUCCAUCUCGGAGACUCUCUCCCUCUGACACUAUUUUGGUGCACCUGUCACUGGCCAACCUGCUGAUCUCACUUUUCCGCACAGUGCCCAUCUUUGUGUCAGACCUGGGCUUGGAUGUAACUCUGUCUCCGGGCUGGUGCCGAGUCUUCAUGCUGCUGUGGGUAUGGUGGCGAGCUGUGGGCUGUUGGGUGACUCUAGCACUUAGCGUCUUCCACUGCAUUAUCCUGAGGCGACACCAUGUGGCCGUUGGACCUCUCGCACAGCAGAGGGAGAGGCAACGGGUUUGGAUCGUUCUGGGGCUGGUGUGGGGGGCAAACCUGGCCUUCUCACUUCCAGCUCUGGUAUAUAGCACUCAUGUUCAAGGCAACGUCACUGUGGAGCUGAUGGUGAUCAGCUGCACCAUCAGGCCACUGCUGGGCUGUGUCUGGGAGUUCCCCUCCAUCGAACAGGGCUCGGCCUUCGCCUCCACCUCGCUGGCACUUAAUGAGGUGUUACCACUAGUGCUGAUGGUUUGCUGCAACAUGGCCACGCUUCAUGCUCUUGCAAAACACAUCCGAGCUGUUACCUCAGGGGGAGAGUCAAAAGGAACCCAUGGGGAGCUGGACAAACAUGUGUCCACUGAACGCAAAGCAGCUCAUGUAAUCAUGUUGCUAGUGUCGCUCUUCGUGGUCUGCUGGGUGCUACAGGUUGCUGCGGUGAUGUACUACAACCAUGAUGGGGGACAGCACGCUGAAGGGCUGCUGACUGUGGCCCACUUCUCUGCCUCGCUGUUUGUAGGAUUCAGUCCCUUAGUGGUGGCCUUUGGACAUAGCAAACUGAGAAGGAGAAUCAUGAGUAUGAUGCUGGGGUGGUCUAAAGUUCUUAAAUGUCACAAUAAAGACACUGAGGAGGGGGGGGAAAUCCCCAAAGACUAAAGGAAAGAAGGGAAAACAAACCAUUUGUAUUGUUCAAAAAGAGAGGAAGGUCAUAAAAGUGGAGGAGAAAGUUAAAGCAAACAAAUGAUGGAAGCAAGGUGUGACUGCACUGAUACUAAAGUACUGAAAAAAUACUAAAAUGUACACCCAUAUAAUAACGGAUGCAUCAUCCAUUUGAAUCCAGAGGGGCUGCACUGCAUUUCCCCUGGAUAAAACUGUUGUCAAGUAUUAUUUUAGCUUAGUUUGAGGCAUUUCAAGCCAUUUAAUGCAAGUCAAACUGAGAGACAGCAUGUUGGCUAAAUCAGAAAUCAUUACAGGGCAAUCAAGCAGGUAAUUUGGUUUCUUUUAUCGUUGAAAUUAUUUUAUCCAAUCCAAUGUAUCAUUGCUUGUUUCUUUUGAGCUGAGAUUAAUUUUAAUAAUCCCUUUUCUUCUUUUGUUUGUGCUGUCAAGUCAAGUUUAUUUGUAUAAGCCAAUAUCUUUUAGUGUUACAAACCUACAAUCAAACCCAGUCCAAUCUCGAAUAUGCCAAAGAAAAACUCUUUGGUGAUCCUCAAAAGUUUGCUAUUAGGUCCAAUAGUAUAAAUUUAUCAUAAGUUGUACUUUUAUGUUUGAUAAAUGUGUAUAUUAACCACUUUGCCCUUGUGUUUUAUCACUAAACAUUUCUUAUAUACACACAUAUAUAUAAACAGAUCCAGAAACCCAAAUAUUUCAAAUUGGGGGGCCAGAGAGUAGUCUCUUACUGUCUUACAAUAUGUCUUCUUGAGAUUUAGUUGAAAUAUUAUUUUAUUGUGUUACACAUAUGGUGACAAAACAUGAAAUGCUUAGUCAGAAGCCAUCAUGGUAACUAAUUACUUUAAUAAAACUGUAGAUCUUGUUGAUAUCCGUUUAUAAGCUUCAAGGGAUCCAUUAACACAACUGUUUCAGAGUAUAAUAAACACAACCCUUUGGUUUUGCUUUCAAAUCUCAUCCAUUCUACACUGAACCUAUAUAGCAAAAUGUUAGACCCAGAUAAUGGCAAACUAAUGAAAACAUAUUGCAAUAUCAUCUCAAUGAUCGGUUUUGAUCGUUUUGGUAAAAAUGUUUAGUUUUUUUUCCUUGGACCAUUUGUUUGGACUGUAAAAUAAAGACAUCACUCUAUGUA